UACGCAAAAAGGGGAGCGUGUAUAAAAAUUUGCCACUUCUUCCCCCAUCUUCGAGUUCUGUAACGACAAGGCAAAAAUGGCGACUAUUUUCACUUCUUCUCCUAUCCCUCCCCCAUCUUCUUCAGCUUCAGUUAAUCGUAUAUCAGUACUUAGCUCAACCAAAUUACAUGCCUGCCCACUUUCUCUCUCUAAAAAAGGCGCAAGUUUCAGCUCCAAUUCUUGUUCUCUUUCCCUCACUAGAAAACAGCCAAGAAAAUCAUUUCAAGUUAGAUCUGUGGCCGCUCCUGUAGAAGAGACUGCAGGGUUCGAUGAAAUGCUUUCUGGGACCCAGCGGAAAUAUUACCUGCUAGGUGGAAAGGGAGGAGUUGGGAAAACAAGCUGUGCAGCAUCACUUGCUGUAAAAUUUGCAAAUAAUGGUCAUCCAACUCUAGUUGUUUCAACUGAUCCUGCUCACUCUUUGAGCGACUCUUUUGCACAGGAUUUAACAGGAGGGACACUUGUACCAGUUGAGGGACCUCUAGCUCCGCUAUAUGCCCUUGAGAUAGACCCUGAUCAAGCGAAGGCAGAAUUUCGCAAUGCGAGCAAGAAAAAUGGGGGUACUGGAGUGAAGGACUUUAUGGAUGGCAUGGGACUGGGACUGAUUGCAGAACAGCUAGGAGAACUGAAACUAGGUGAGCUUUUGGACACACCCCCACCAGGCUUGGAUGAAGCGAUUGCAAUUUCCAAGGUUAUUCAGUUUCUUGAGUUAGAAGAGUACAAUAAGUUUACCCGAAUAGUGUUUGACACUGCCCCCACGGGUCAUACACUGAGGCUUUUAUCCUUGCCAGACUUUCUGGAUGCAUCUAUUGGAAAAAUCCUGAAGCUUAGGCAGAAGAUAUCAUCAGCUACUUCAGCCAUCAAAUCUGUAUUUGGUCAAGAAGGAAACCAGCCUGAUGCAGCCGACAAACUAGAAAAAUUAAGAGAGAGGAUGAUCAAAGUAAGGGACCUUUUCCGGGACACAGAAUCGACAGAAUUUGUCAUUGUAACGAUCCCCACGGUUAUGGCAAUCAAUGAGUCAUCAAGGUUACGUUCUUCCCUGAAAAAGGAAAAUGUUCCUGUCAAGAGGCUUGUUGUUAAUCAGGUGCUUCCUCCAUCAGCUUCAGACUGCAAGUUUUGUGCAAUGAAGAGGAAGGACCAGACCCGUGCUCUUGACUUGAUAGAGACAGAUCCUGAACUCUCUACCUUGACAGUGGUGAAAGCUCCACUUGUUGAUAUAGAAAUCAGAGGAAUUCCAGCUCUUCAGUUUCUAGGGGAUAUGUUAUGGAAAUGAAGAUUUGACCUGACACCGGCAAUGCCAGCUGACAGUGACGAGCUCAAAAGCCCGGUAAAGUAAAGGUGUUUCAAAUUCAAUUAACACAAACUAUAGAAGAUGUCCUGCUCAACUUGUGAGAUAAGUGUUGUUUCUGGGAUUAGUCUCUGGAGGAUUCUGGAUGUUGUUUCAGACUUUGUUGAUUCAGGCAGUUUAUAUGUUAUCAAGUCUUCGCUGCUCUUCUUAACCUUGUGAACUUUACAAUGACCAUGCACAGCACAUGUACCAGUACAAGAAAACUUGCCAAGAUGAGGUAGGAGGAUUGUUGAGAAAGAUAUAAUACAGUUUUGAGGUUUCUUAGAAAUAUAAAAUGUACAAUAGUUUUAUACUUUUUAACGCGACACUUUAGCUAAACAGAAUCCUGUUGUAUAUUGCAAAAGUUAACAGAAAAGCCAGAAUCAUCCCCUGGUAUAGUUAGAACAAUGAUAUUAUAUUUGUUUCAGAACUGGUGCUCCACAAGCCCAGAUAAGAAAAAUACAGGAAUAGGAAGAAAGGAGAAUUAUAUUAGAGUUUUAUGCAGGUA